AUGAGGUUCCCCAGAUAUUUCGCCAUAUUUCUAGCUAUGUUCCUCGUAUUCAUAUCCCUCGCCACGGCAGUGCCAACGCAGACUACAGAUGUGGACACAUUCGACGAUGAUCCCCCAAUUGACAGCUCCAUCGAAGAUUUAGAAAGUGCCGGGACACCAGAAGAAGCUUCACAGCAGAUAGAGAUGUUAGAUAAUCUGUCGAAUGCACAGAGGAUGGCAAGGGGGUUGCCCCUGCGGAAACCUGGUCAUUUGUUCAAUGCGAGGUUGGGAGCGAGAGCGCCGGCACCUUCCCAGCUGAGGAGAGAUUUAGGCUUUUGA